CCCCCAAAAAAAACCUCUGAUCUUGCAGAUGUACAAGGGAUUCGAGAAGGUGGAGAGGGUCCACGAGGUCUAUACCCCGAUGGGAGAUUUCGUGUGCGGCGUGAUGUUAGGCCCAGACCAGAUGGACAAAGCCUACGUUCUGUCGGGCAACGUGCUCUCCGAUGGGAAAAUCUACAUCAACAUCUGCAGCCUGAACAGAGCCUGGAAGGAGCUGACUCCGGCACAGCAGGCAAACCUGGAUGGGAGUUACGAGGCUGGGUGCCAGUGCACAGUUGUUCCCUGUCUCCGGUUGCCGUGUAGCGCCGCUGACGACCAGUGCCUGUGGACAGAUGGAAUUUUGAAUGGGAAUUGGGACGGGCCGCAGCGCCAGAGUUUCUCCUGCAGCAUGAAUGCUUCCGGCCUGUGCCACUGGGUCCCCACCAAGGUCGCCAGGAUGCGUGCCCUCUCCCAGGAGGAGAGGCAGUAACCGGGGGAACGGGGAGCAGGAACGAGGCCCGCCAGAGAUCCCGCCCCCUCCUCGAGCCUGUAUUGAGCCACUGGUGUCGUUCCUUUUCUCUCGCCUCCCCUAAUCCAGGCUUCGGAGCAAAAUGCUGCCAACUUCCAUCAAAAUGGCCUCCACUUGCAAUGCAGUGGCCUCUACGUGCGUUAAAAUGGCCUCCACGUCCAACGCAGUGGCCUCCACCCCUGUUAAAAUGGCCUCCACCCCCGUUAAAAUGGCCUCCACGUCCAACGCAGUGGCCUCCACCCCUUGUUAAAAUGGCCUCCACCCCCGCUAAAGUGGCCUCCACCCCCAUUAAAAUGGCCUCCACUUCCAAAGCAAUAGCCAACUCUCCCAUCAAAAAGGGCCUCACUUCAUCAAAAUGGCCUCUGCUCCCACCAAAAUGGCCCUCACUUCAUCAAAAUGGUCUCCACCUCAAAAAGCAUGCCACUUCUGAUGGUAGGCCCUCUACUCCUGUCAAAAUGGCCCCCCGUGUCCAUCCAAACAGUCCCCACUCCCAACGCAAUAGCCUCCACCCCUAUCAAAUGCCCGCCCCAUUGUCAACAAAAUGGCCCCCACUUGCGUCCAAAAUGGCCUCCACCUUGAAACGAUACGCCUCCCCACACCUCCACGUCCCUUCUUCUUCCCUCCCUCCCUCACGCCGCCCACCGCCCCCUUACUUCAAACCAAUUUGCCCCACAACGCCGAACGGUACGGCCCUGCUAUCGCCAAGGCGACCUCGCGCAUACGUCAAAACUCGCCUCAGCUUCCAACAAGAUGGCCUCCAGCUCAGACACAAUGGCUCCCGCUUGAUAUCCUCUUUUAUAGAAGGCUAUCCUUUUCUGCGCCUUUUUAGCCUAUUGUUGGUUAACUUAUUAUUUCUAUUUGUGAGCCGUAGUGAUCAAGGGUGUUAAAUCCCUACUGAGGGGAAGGGAAUGACAAGGUUUUGUGUCGUGAGGCCAAAAUGCCAAGCCAAAACAUUUUUGCGUCUGUAGAUUUUUAUAUGAUAUAUUUCUAUAAAUAUAAAUCAAAUAAAGCUGUGUUAUGUGA